GGUAGCCACAGCGUGCCGAGCCAGUCAGUAGUGUGCCAGCCACCACCACCCUCGUGCCCAGGACGAGUCUCGCUCCCGCACCAGUCUCUGUUUCCUCUCUCGGAGAUCCGGCGCAUUGACUCUGACGCCGCGCUGCCCACCCGCACUUCACCAUGUGGGGGAUUGUUUUCUUGAUGCUUGCGUUGGGAUCAGCGGGUUCCAUGGCUCAAUCCAGCGUGAUGGGGAGGCUCUCCUGGUGUUCCACAUUAUGCAUGUGUGAAACACAGACGAAUGCUGAGGUGCAAUGUUUCGAAGAGGAUGACGUGUACCAACUGCUAGGAACCAAUCCCAGGGUAAUCUCUAGACUUAGAAGGGUCGACUGGAAUCUCGAAAGCACAGUGAUUUGGUGCAAUGACACGUGUCUCUGUAACAUCCAAACGGGAAAAAUAUUCGACUGUGCUCAGCCACAGGAAAUCACUCAAAUAAUCGUGAACAGGAUCGGAACCGAAUAUUUCAUCAUGCCUGAGGAGGAGAGUGAAAUCAAGCAGGAGACAGAACGCUCGGUGGAUGAAGAGGAGGAGCCCUCGGUGGAUCAGGAGAUGGCGCACAGGAAGAAGUCUGAGCGCAAGAAGAAUAAGACUCGCAAGCAAAAGAAAAAUCAAAGGAAACACAGGAACCAGUCUGAGAAGUCACACGAACCAGAACCAGAACCUGAGCCCCAGUCAGAACCUGAACCCCAGUCAGAACCUGAACCCGAGGCCCACAUCCCUACCACUACCCUACCCCCCCCACCAACCUCUUUCAUCUACCGCCAUGAAGAGGAUGUAGAAGAGAUUGAUGUACAUGAGCACCAUGAGCAGCUGCCAAGACACGAGGCUGUGGCUGCGAGCCCCGCCGUGACAGCAAUGCAGACUCCCAGCCGCAAAUUCCUGCCCUACAGCACCGCAGAGUCGUACACGCCGCCCGAGUUGGAAGGACUCUCUCCGCGCGUGCAGCCGGUGGUGGAGGUACCUAAGGAAAAGAAGACGAUGGCGUCCAUGGUGUCGCAAGACCUGGAUGACCUGGGCACCACUGUCAGAAAUAUCAAGAACGAUGUGAUGCUCAACCAACGCAUCCUGCUCGUCACCGUCGCCAUCGCAGGAAUCGCCAUGCUUGGAGUGUUGAUCCUGGCGAUAAUGAGCUGCACCAGUCGACGCCAACAGGCCGCUAACAACGCCAAGAAGAACUCUAACAAGGACGGCAACCACAGCCCCAAGAUCAACCUGGAGGAGGCGUGGUGACUAAAUGAGGCUGCGCUGCCCCCCGUCGGCCAGUGGGAGACGCGGGACUCCAAGGGGGAAGUGAUCUCCACCCAGUGGGAGCUGAACACCACCGCUGAUGACGACGAGUGCAUCAAACCCCUGCGGGACACCACCUGGGAGGAGUCCACGGCCUUCCGGGAGAUGUCACUAGCCCACGGCAAGUUCAAGGUGUGUCGGGUGUGAGUGAAGAUCUAGCGUGGGUGUGACGCCUCCCGCAGCAGACUGUAUGUGAUGAGGCGAGAAGGACCUGUCAUCCAUCCAUCCAUCCAUCCGCGGCCCCGGGAUGUGUGAGUGGGCGGGCAUGCGCAAGCCGACUGACUGACCUGACCACAACGUACGUGAUCACAGUAUUACAAGGAAUGAAGUGGACGAAGUGCUGUGUAGGGAAGCUGUUAACCCAUGACCGUACUAUAUAGAAAAAAAAUACUAAAAAAAAAAUGUACAUUAUGAAAUAACAAAUCUGAUCCUGAAUUCGAGCAACUGACAGACUGACUAAGAGACUGACAGGCUGACCGAUUAUUAAAACACUUCAUUCAUACCGAAUUCGACGACAGCAGGAUGUAUUUCAUUAUUCACACCCAAACCCUCCUCCUUUCUUCCUCUCUCCUCAUAUGUCACACUCAGUCAACACCACUCCCCUUUUCCUCCAAUUACUUUUCCUCCUCCUCCUCCUCCUCCUCCUCCUCCUCCUCCUCCUCCUCCUCCUCCUCCUCUUCUUCCUCCUCUUCCUCCUCCUCCUACUCUUCCCUUUAAACAAGCUUAUCUGAAACCUAGAAGUUUUAAGAUAAAGAAAAAGUCACCCAAACAAUCUUCAAUCCUCCUCCUCCACCUUUCCUUUACAGACACACAAUACUCAUUAAAAAAAAAUAAAUAAAUAAAACAAAAAAAUAAUAAUAUAGAGAUAUGAACCACUCCGCGAUCCCACCGUGGCGACGCUUCGAAACACUGUGAAUAAAUGAACGAAACACUAUGACUGUGUCUCUUGUCAUGAUCUCAGUGCUUCAUAAAUCCCUGGUUCAAAAGUUUAUGAAGCACGGGCAGAUCUUCAUUUUGUUCUCUUUACUGAUAUUUUUUUUCUUUUUUCCCUCAUUCUAGACUGGACUAGGAGUGAAAAAAAACGUGCCUUAUGAAGAUUGAUGGUUCAGUUUUGAUAUAGACAAGUUUCGUCAUUAUACAUCUCUUUCUUCCUCUCCCUCCCUCCUCCCUACCCAGUCUUCAUUCUUAUCUGUCCUUCCCUCCCUCCCUCCCUCCCAAUAUCCCUUCCUCUCCCCAUCCCUCCCAAACAGUUUCCAUCACUGCAUGAGACAAUGAACUAUUUUUCGUUAUUGUAAAUGGAAAGAUACUUAACAUAGGAAAGUCUUACUCAGAGGCAGAAUAUGAUAACAAUAGUAUGGCACUGAAGUACAAUCCUUUAUAUUACUUUUUUUAGGAGUACAUUAUAAAUAAUAACUUUUCAAUAGUUAAAGAAUCCAUUAAUUGUUUGUACAACUCGUGGAUUUUCUAAGCCUUAUAAGUAUUCUACAGCUCCUAAAUUACUCUUAAAUUAGAUAUAGUCUUUAAAUUAUGUGCACAGAAGAGAUAUUUAUAUUUAUUUCUUAUAAGGUUGACGUUAUAAAACUUUCAGUGUAUUAAUAACGUGAACUGUCAAUAAAAAAAAUUACAAAUAUGAUUAUAAUAAUGUUGCAGUUACAAUAAAAUUUCAUCUCACUUUAGUUUAGUUAAGGUUUUUUUUGGGUGGGUUAUGGUGAAGAAAUACCUUUUUUCACUAUUCACUGUCUAACUGUGAAUAACUCCAACCAUUAUUGUAUUCAUUCACCGACUUAUUUGUGUAUUAUAUAGGUUUACAUGUCGUGCCCUUCCUUUUCUACAUAUAUUACUUCAUGAUGUGUAUGUCACCGCACACAACCUACGCCUCUGUGACUAGUGCUAGUAACUCUCGUGUCACCAUGGAUCCAUUUUCACGGAGUCCUGUUAACAUUUCCAUAUCAGCAGGAUUCUGUGAAAAUGCGCCCAGCUGGACACUGCUGCACCUUUGUCGGCAACGCUUACACACGACAGAGAUGUAAAUACUGUGCAACUCAAAAGGAAAUAAUGUCUAUAGGAGUUACGUUUGUAUGUCCGGGCAUUAUUAUUAUUAUUAUGGAGAAAAAUAUUAUAAACUCUCUCUCUCUCUCUCUCUCUCUCUCUCUCUCUCUCUCUCUCUCUCUCUCUCUCUCUCUCUCUCUCUCUACAAUGAGGAAAGAAAAUAAUCCUUUAACAUGUACUUAUGCUAAACUCAACUCCCCCAAACCAGUAUAUCGUAAACUCUCUACCCAAAGCCUUCAACCCCUUCAUCCUGAGCACUGAACGCCACUGAUGCACCACUUCCCUUUCCUUGCCCACUGCAUCUCCCCUUCACACAGCCCCUGGCACCCUCACACCUUCCCCUUCACACCUUCCCUUGCCUAUACUUUCAGUCAGCCUUCCCUCACGCAUCCCGAUCCUCAUAUGUUAAGCUUCUCAUCCCUUCUCAUCCUUCCCCUUGUCUCUUGUUCCCAGCCUUCCUUCUCUCUUUCGUAUUUGUUUCUUAUAUUUGUUUUAUUCUUCUUCUCUUCUUCCCGGACCAGCUUGUAUGUAUGCGUUUCAAAGCCAGAUUAUUUUAAGUGUCUAGUCUUAAAUAUACGUGUAAUUUAUAAACAAUGUAAAAAAUGGUA